AUGAUUUUGCAUGUCCAGGGGGGAGAACUGUUUGUAAAUAAAACAGUUCUCCUCCCUGUCAGCUUGUGCACACUGCUUUGUAUGGCUAUGCAAAGCAGUGUGCUUACAGUGAAGCACGCGGACACCGCCCCAAUGUAAAACAGCACACAGUUAACCCUUUGAUCGCCCCACAUGUUAACCCCUUCCUGCCUAGUGCCAUUAGUACAGUGUCAGUGCUUUUUAUUAGCACUGAUCACUGCAUUGGUGUCACUGGGGAUGUCAGUGACACCAUGUCAGUUCCCCCCCAGUGUCAGAAUGCCAGCCGCAGUCUCGCAACUAUAA